AAAAAGGGGAAAAGGAAACUGUUCUUUUAUAACUGGAGAUCUGAGCCACUCUGUCACCGAAACCACCCAGGGCUGUGUGGCCACUGCGGUGAGGACAGAAGAAAGAUUUCAGUUCUUGACUCGAGGUAUUUUUGGGGGGUUCAGAUUUUUUUUUUCCUUUAAUGUCAAACUCUUUGGCUUUAAGUAGAAAUCCAAAAAGUUUUCUUAAAAAAGAUAAAGGACGCCUACCUGUAAACUACCUUGCCAGCUAGCCAGCCAAGGACGCCGGACACACCUCUGCUCCAAAGGAAAUCCAAAAACAAACACCAGAAGUCAAAACCCAAAAUUUGCCUGUCACUGCCAAAGUGUUUUUUUCCGCUGUCUUUCGUCCACGCGGGGCUUGUUCAGACCUCGGUCUUUUCUCUUGCUUUGAUUCUGAUUGGGGGGUAUUGGGAUGUUGGGGUUUGGGGUGUCUGGCCUCCGCCGGGGACACCCAGGGCGGGCGGCACGUCUCCGGGCACCUGCGUGUGCGCGGGGCGAUCCGUGGCCUGUCCUGCCGCCGUCUGCGAAUUUCCAUCGCUUUGCGUUCUUUCCACUUGCGAACGGAGUGCUCCCGUGUCCUUCCCAGAGAGAAGUCGUUCGAGACAAAACUGUGACAAUCUUUGGGGCUGAUGCUCCCCUGCCCUUCCAAGCGCGAGGAGGCAGCACCUGGGCCUUCAGCUGCUGCUGCUCGUGGCUCUCCUCUACCUCCGCACAGCCUCCCGCAGCCCCGCAGCUCCUGCAGAAGAAGGGACGCACCUACCCACAGAAGCAGUCUGUCCUCCCCGCACCUCGUGGAGACUUGCUCACUGUAUAUAAGCCUGCGUUUCUCUCCACAUGCUCCUCAGGGGAGGGUCUCCCUGAAGCCCCCGACCCCCCGAGCCCUGCCCCCCGCCCCGCACUCAACUCCCCCAGGAUCGCAAGCAGGAAAGAAAGGAGAAGGAAGGUCUGAGCCUUGCUCAGUGGGAGAACAAACAGCAGACGCGGCCCCUGAUCUGCGUGGGCUCGCGCGGCUGGAGGAAGGUCCCGGGACUGGAGUGCAAUAGUGAGCCGCUACUGAAACCCCGGGGCCGGGGCCGGGGCCGGGGCCCUGCCGAGAGGCGGGCCGGCAACAGCAGACCAUACUGUGAAUGUACAUAGUCCCUGCAGAGUCGGAGGAGGAGGACAAAGAGAUGUUUGCCAAAUAAAAAAAAAAAAUUAAGAGAAACCACGGAAGUAUGUAAAGCUUAGGAAACAGGUUUCCAGAGAAAUCUGAACCGUGUGUAUGGUAGCAGUGGCUUUGGUGACCGCUGUUGUUUUUCAGAGCAGUUAGAAUUGAUCCCUUGAGUUUUGAGAGGAAGGAUCCCAUCCGGCCCCACAGACCAGGUGCCAUCUGAAGCCCACGCGGCAGGACCCCCCACCCUGUCAGACCAGCACUGCCUCACCCUCCAGAAAGCUCCGCACGCCUCUCAGAGCUCGCUGCUGGGGGGUCCGGAAGAGCAGGGGCCGUUGGGAUUUGGCUCUCAUGGGGCAGCACCUGUUUCCAGGCCACACGCAUCCCACUGCUGAAACCUGUGCGGUUUGGCAGGUGCUGUGAAGUUGCUCCCCCGGCCUCCGCUCCCACAAGGCUGUGCUGGUGGAUGGGUGGUGUCCUGGGCAGGCUGGGGGUCGGGUGCAGAGUCUGAGUCCCUGCCUUUGGGGUGAGACCACUGGCCCGAGUGGUGUCGGGGGGAGCCCUCAGCUGCAGCCCUGCCGGGUGCUUGGCCAGCCUCUGUUCCCCUUCCUCUCUGAGCACAAGCAGACACACCUGGGAUGGUCACAUGUUGGCCAGCUGGUGACCUCCGGCCAGACCAGCCUGCGGGGUCAGACCACAGGCUGAGGCCCCAGAUGGGAUGGCCCCUGCCAUCCCAGCUGUAGGCAAGAGGUUGCCGUGGAGCCAGCCGGAAAAGGCCAUUCUCCCAGCAGUCCCAUGUCCAUCUCCCGUGUGCCCACCCCUGCCACCAUCCACGCCGCGGAAGCCUGGCCUGAGGGGCUGAGCAGAGGCCACCAGAUGGAGUCCCUGCUGGCGGAGCGCAUCCACAGCAGAUGGCAGCCGCGUGAGGCCCGGGACUCAGCCCUGGAUCGGUCCCCGAGGACGCUGACUUCGAGGCAUCCCCUUCCCCAGGCUCACGUGUUUCCUCUACCCAGCCCACCUUCGCCUCGGCUCUGCCUGCCCUGAUCCGUGAGGGCCAACUCAAUUGCCACCUCCUCCAGGAAGCCUGCCCUGUCACCACCUCUGCUCAUGCCUGCAUCAUCCAGUAUCAGCCAAGUGCAAGGAGGGCGACCCCAGGAGUCUCCUGGCUCCGGUGUGGGGCCGAGCUGAUGCAGGAGGCCCCCCACACCCCCGGUUCUGCCUCAGCCGUAGCCCCCACCACGAGGGUCCAGGAGGGGCAGGAAGAAGGGCACAGAGCGCGGCUCUGACCUCUGACCGCUCAAGGCCCGGAAGCCCGGAUGGAGGCCCGCCCCCCCAUCUGAAGCGCUCUAGUGGGAGCAGCUGGCCUGCGGGAGGACUUAAAAGUGGGCAGGGCGCCGGCGGGGCUGGCGGGGAGGUGAGCGCCUUGGUGCCCGGCUCCUGUUCUGUCCCCAUGUGGCCCUUCCUCAGCCGUGCUCUCUUCCCACCCCCCACCGAGGCCUGGCUCCAGAGGGCUUCCUCGGACCCGGAGGCCCAGGGCUGGGGCGCCUGGAGCCGGGCCGAGAAGACCCCUCUGGGUGCAGGGGGUGGGGGCAGGGAGGCGGAGGAGACGGUGGAGCCGCAGGCGGAGGACCAGGGAGACACAGGCUUCCUGCCGUCGCUCUUGGAGAGGGAGGGCCUGGCCGAGGGCUCUGUACCUGACCAGGAGCUGGAGGCCAUCAAGCUGAAGCUGUGGGCCAUGGAGCAGGCCCAGGGGCCGGAGCCGCAGGCCCAGCAGCAGGAAGAGGAAGACGCCGGAGCCCUGCUGGCCGGGCAGCUGCCAAGCCCAGAGGCAGACACCCCCACAGAGAAGGUGGAGGCCGACCACAGAUCCAUCUACGUGGGUAACGUGGACUAUGAGGGCACAGCCCGGGAGCUGGAAGCUUAUUUCAACCACUGCGGGGAGAUCCACCGGGUCACCAUCCUGUGCGACAAGUUCUCUGGACACCCCAAGGGCUAUGCCUACAUAGAGUUUGCCACCGAGAGCUCUGCCCAGGCCGCCGUGGAGCUGGACAACAGUGUUUUUCGAGGCCGGGUCAUCAAGGUGCUGCCCAAAAGGACCAACUUCCCAGGAAUCAGCUCCACGGACCGCGGGGGCCUUCGGGGACACCCCAGCGCCAGGGGACGACCUUUCCCCCACAGCAGCCUCGAGCGCGAGCGCGGGCCUCGUUUCAGACCACGAGGGCGGAACCGGGGGCGCGGAAGAGGCUCGCCCUGGUAUUCGCCGUAUUGAGAGGAGGGCCCGGUGACCAGAGUGGGGCUGGGUCCGGAGGAGAGAGGAGCGCUCCACGCGGGAUCGUUUACUCGGGGGAGAAUAACUGCCCCGUCCCCCUUCACUUCGCGGGAGGACAGCCGCCAGGACCUCGCCCAGGCCCCACAGUCCAUGCCACCCGUCACCAAGCAGGGCAGGGGCGGGCCUGGCACAGAGCGGCGGUGGGGGCUUUGGAGGGCACCUGGCGCGCUGCAGGCAGGUGAGGCCCGGGCAGUGCAGGGGCGGCUCCACGUUGGCAUAUUCAGGGCUGUUUGUAGAUAGAUAAGUAGGAAUGUGUGUCUUAACGGUAAAGCAUAAAUUAUUAAACUUGAAUAUUUUUUACAAGCAUA